AAAAUUUAUUCAACACCUGUGUAUCAUUGAAUGUAUCACUUCGUCAUUUAAGAAGUGACAAUUGUUGUUGAUUUGGGAAUUAUAAUACGCGGCGUGUGUAACAGAGUUUGAUAUAGAAAGAGGGACUUGAAGAAGAAGUUGGUGGGGACUGUGGGCCCCUACCUCGUUCACCUUUGCGAAGGUGGAACGAACGGCUGGCUGCGAUUUCUUUUCUCCUAGGGUACGUGGCGGCACGAUGCUGGCGUCGCUUCUCGGUUAAAAUCGGUAACCAGCUCGAUCUCCUCGAUCGCGCCCACGCCAGCUGUGAUCGUUGUGCACGCGCCGAUCGAUACACGUGGCCGUAUAGAUCCCGAUCCGGAGUCCCCGUGAACCGUCUCCUUAGCCUCUUUGAGAAAAUUGUUCGAAAUUCUCUGUUCAACUUAAAAAAAAACGGACUUGUUUUCGGGAUUGUUUAUCAGUGACACGCAUGACUGAUUUCAGUGAGAAAGUGAAACCAGUGAUUUUGAAGGAGUCAUACGUCGAGGACCGCUGGAUCCACGCUCGUAAUCUAAGGAAGACCAGUUACAUCCGUUUUGGUCGUAUUUCAGUGGAACUGAAGCGGUAACACCAACGGUUUCUGCCAGGAAACUUGUUCCACCGGUAGACAAGAAGGAGAGACACGUAGCCCUCGAACACUGAUGUGUUUGUUACGUUAAUCUUAAUGUAACACGUUCAAAGCAUUUGUUAUACGUCUUCUAGUUAGUUAAACUUGUAACUUGAAAUCUCGGCGGAUUAUGAAACGAGCAGCACUGCAUCGUAUCUCUUUAUUAUUCAAAUUUUGUAAUAAAACUUGUCAUACGUAGAAAGAGCAAUUCAUUGCAAUAUUCUUACAUAAAGAACAAUUCUACAAUUUCAUCAUGCUAGAGAAGUUUCUGAAACGCAACAUCGAACUUCAACUGAAUAAUUAUCUACAAUUUUACAACAGUCGUCGACUGUUCCUUUAAUUUUCUCAACUAAAGUCACAGUUUUGAUAAAAAUAUUCGAUAUGCCGGAUAUCAAACAAGGAGAAAUCGUCGGCGAUCAACAUGAAUCAGCAAAAAAGGGCUCGAGAUCGAGAGUGUGCGAGGAACACGGCGAGGAAGAUUGUCCGAGUGAAAACGAGCACGAGUUCGAAUCACUGGAAUACGAAGAGGACGUUUAUUACUCAAAUCUGACCGCGACUCCCAGUUUCGACGAUAUCGACGAAUUGAGCGACGACGCUGAAGAGAUCGUCGUCCACUGCUGGCGAGAUUCGAACGGCGAGAUAGAUGAAAUUGUGGUCGACGACGCGAAUCUGUCGGUGGAGACACAAUUUUUGACCCCGGACGCCGAGGCAAGCGCGGCAACUGGGAAAAAAAAGAAGAGAUCGGUUAGGGUGAUAUUUCAGGACUUCUCGAAACCAUACCUGGCCAAGAUCAGCAAUAGCCAGAAUUAUAAAAAGUUCCUCGAAUUGGUAAAAGGAGAGGAUGCGACCCUCCACUCGAGCGGGUACAUCUCGCCGACGUCAGAUAACGUGGUGAACGAGCUGCAAGGACUUUCCUUGGAAGAGCAAAAUCGUCAAAAGGCAGAAUGGAACGCGGAACUCGCCAAAGUGGAAGAAGAGAUCCAGACCCUGAGGCACGUACUGGCGAACAAGAUCAGGGUCUCUCAGGAGUUGAAGAGGAAGCUCGGCAUCAGCGUUUGGAAGGAGAUCACCGACGACAUGAACCAGGGCUUGAAGAACGUUAAGGAGAGCCAAGUUUAUCAGAACGUCGGCGAGAAACUCGGUCAGUUCAGCAAAGCGGUCACCGAGAACACGUUAUUCCAGAAGACGGAGUCCGUAUUUAAGACCACGGCUGAGAAGACCAGCAGCAUCCUCGGUGGUUUCGGAAGUGGCCUGUCCAUGAAAAUUGGACAGAUGCGCAAUUCGGACAGUUUUCGUUCAUUGGAGGAACGAGUCGGAUCCGCUUACGAAAAUAUGAAGACGAAAGUUGUGCCUUCAAGAUCUAGCUCGAUGCAGAGUUUCGACGACGUGUUACGGGAAAACGAGUCGUUACGCUCGGCACCGGCGGCGACCAGCCCCACCAUUCCCGAGGACAAACUUCUGUCUUAGAGUUCCCUCGAAAAAUCUGCAUACGUCGAUUUCUCUGCCUCUUCUCUGCGUAACAUGCUGACGCGCGACGCGACGGUCCCGUGCCGGGCUCGAUGUAUCAGCUCUAUCGCUAAAGUCACUAUCACUUUCCACUACAUGUUGCUAAUUAAUUGGGAGCUAAUAUGCGUGUCGUGUAAUCGAUUCGUCUAUUUCAAAGAUGAUCACAGAAAAGAGCGACGGGGUGUGCGGGUAUCGAUGCGGUACAACGAGUCGAAUGAUUUUUCAGUAAUGAAAAGACUACACAGAACGUUCUAACUAAAAUCGAUGUUAUAGGUCCGUCAAAAUAAUCAAUGGUAUAUGUUCUUUUAAUUUUUAUCUGUUGGUCAAUUUGUAUUCGAUGAAAGAAAAUGAUAUUGCGUUGGUUUUUAAUAUGUGACAUUUUUCAUUUGAUUUGAGAGAAGGUGCAGGAUUUCUUUAAUAAGCAUUUAAUCUGGGUCAUGUUACUCAAGAAGAUGGCAAUUGAUUUCCUUACUUUAUCGAACUUAUUUGCACCAUAGCAUUUUUAUAACGCAUAAUAUAAUAUAUGGUUGAAUACGUACUUUGAAUGUUUUUGCGUACUAUCCUGUUUCUUUUCUUCUUUAUUUUCGCACUAAGAAAAAGAAAACAUGCAAACUGAUGAAACAGUAAAUAAUGGUGGCGUUUUCUCUUGGAUAGCUUUUUUCCGGAAUAGUUAAUCCUACGCCAGAUUCCUCGAUGUAUUUCUAAUCGAUAUCCUUUAGUAAGGCUCGUGCUUCGACAAUACUAUUUUCGUGUAACGAAGGAACAUCUUUUUCUUAAAAAAAAAUAAAACAAUAAUUUCAGUUCGUACAGUAUAUGUCCGUAAAGGUCUCGGAAUUAAUUUAUGCGGGACACCGAGGUGGUCACCAUUGUUCUACGAGUAUAAAUAUGAAUCUAUUUGGAAAGUAUUUAUUCUAUACACGUAAAAUAUGUAAUAAAACAUUUUAUAAAAUUGUUGCACCUAAUUAUGAUCACAUGAUUCUGUUUAAAUUGAUAUAUUGUAAAUUCUAACUCAAUCUUGUGUGAUUAUCGCUUAAUAGAUUAAUUAAACAUUGUUUUCAUCUUGGGGAGUUUAUGAAAAGUAUAAAUAUGUAUGGCUUCCCAUGUUCCGUGACGAUCGAGCCUUACGAAAUGACAUGAGAGAGGUGAAAGAACGAAGAAUAUUUUUUAUUAAAAGUGGAUGCGAGAUGGUGAGACCAGAAACUAGUUUGUUUAACGAAUUUGUUAACUUAGGGAACACAAACGUCACGUAUGAAUCUAAGGACUUUUUAGCAUACUUGACCGACGGAUUUGAUCAAUCUCAAUCGUCAUUAACACUCUACUACUCGUUUAUAUCGGUGAACAAAUUAUUUUGAAAAUUAUUACACAUACAGCGAAUCUUUCGCUGAAGGUACGGAGUGUGACUACAAACGCUUGUUAAUAUAUUAAAUGAGAUAUAUAUCACAUAUACGUGUGCUUUCUUAAUUAUGUGGAAUUUAUUCGUACUUGAUGGGAAAUUUAAUAAUAUAUUUUUUACGAACACUCUGACUAUGUUUAUUCGACUACUUUCAGGAUACCUUCGAUUCCACGAGACAUUGCUAUUUAUUCAAUCGAUUCUUCAUUUCGCAAAUUUGUAUUUUGUAGAAAUAUUUAUUUUUCUUGCCCCUUUUCUGUACGUUGAUUGUUAGCAAAACGAUGUAUAAUUUAAAGUAUUAUUUAAAUAUGUAAUAUAUUAUAAGUAUACAUAUAAGUCUCGGAAACCACUAUAUCUCUGAUAUCCAGUUUCCUGCUUGUAAUAAAUGGACCACUUUAAUUACAUUA